UUAGGAUGUAAGUAGGCCUAGGUGUUUUUUGGCAAACUACCCUACUCUGUGUAUUGUUUGUCUUUUAGUUUGCCGUGUGUACAUCGUUUGUUGAGUACAAAAUUUGUUAAUAACAUAUGAAAUAAAUUUAGAAUCAGUGCAUUAAGAAUUCAUUUCUCGGCAAGCCCCACUCUUGGCUUAAAGACUCUCUUGUUUUCGUUUUUUUGGCCAGGAGGCAAUUUUGUUGUCCGAAUGCCGAUGGAGAUGUGUUUCUUCAGUUGUGUGACUCGUUUCCUGUUCUUCAUGUACGGAACUCUGGGUCCGGCGUAUCACACCUACAAGACCCUGAACACCGGGGAUGAGGCGUUCCUGGCCUGGGCCAAGUACUGGAUAGUCUAUGCUUUUCUGGUCACCAUCGAAGUUCUGGCAGACACCUUUUUCUCCUGGCUGCCGCUCUAUACGCCCACCAAGCUGCUGCUAGUUUUGUGGAUUGUCCUUUCCGCUCCGGCAGCGAAUGUCUGGAUGUUUGACGCAAUCCUUAGACCAGUGCUAUCGCGGCGCCAGGAGCAAAUUGAUAACUUCCUGCACCGCGGAAAGGAUAAGUUCCUGGGGGAUAUUCUGAAUCUGUCGACAUCGUUGGCAGUGCGUAGUCGAAGCGUUGUCCUGCCAUUCAUGUCUCAGCUGUGGAGGAGGCCGAGCCUAUUGAGAACCACGGAGGAUGAUCUAGCCAUCAAAGCCGGGGACGAUAACGAAUCGCAUGAGGGAUCGGAGCGAACAUCCGGCAACAAUGUGUCCAUCUGCUCCAGUCCCUUGGCAAGCUCGACUUUCGCCAACGAUGACAGUGAUGCCUUUCAGCUCUGCCUCUCGAAGGCCUCCACCCACCUUCAGGCUGCCCAGCUCUCGGCCCACUCGUUACGGGAUCUGUCAAAGAACAAACCCAUGCAGUCCCUUCCUUUUCAGUCGCCGAUCAUAGUGCGGAACAGAGUCCCGCGAAAAGUGGGCAAGAAGCUUACGGAAGAUGCCCACCAUCCCUCAAAAACGAAUCUGCCGCCCGCGAAGGAGGAGUUCUUCGAUGAUGUCGAGGAUCUGCUGGCCAAAACAAAGAACGAGCCCCACGGCCAGGAUGUUCGUGUGCAGCGUCAGCCCCUUAAUCGCCGCCGCUUGACCGCUCCAUAAUCCGCCCACCUCUAUUGGAGUGAUCGUCAGGCAAUGGAGAACACAAGCAUGUUUCACAAUAUACAUGUUAUCCAUUCGAGAACACUGGCCAUAUUUCGUUAAUUACUUGUUUGACAUAAAAAUUCAAAAUGGCGAACCGUUGUUGCUUUAGCCUCCUGACUUAUUUUAAAUUGCGUCAUUAUAAAUCGUUUAAAGUGUUUGUGGCCGUUCAUCCAAAAAUAUAACACUUUUGAAUCCGCCAUUUAAGUACACGAAUUUUAAUAAAGAGAGAACUUACCGAUACUGGUCUUUUGGGCCACCUGAA